ACGUUAUAAAUCCCGUUAAAUCAAUUUUCAAAUUCUAAUAGAGUAAAAGGGCAAAAUUCUAAUAGAAAUUCCGCCUUAUUGUAUAUAAGUAUACAUACUCCUCUGUUACAGAUUAAUUCGAACAAACCAAAAACACACACACACUAAAAAAAUUCUCACUCUUCUUCUAAAAUGGAUUGGAUCAGAGGUAGUACUAUAGGCCACGGUUCCACCGCCGCCGUCUCCGUCGCCAAGUCAUGCUUCUCCGAUGAUGUUUUUGCUGUUAAGUCAGUAGAGCUAUCCCAGUCGCAGUUAUUACAAAAGGAGCAGAAAAUUCUUUCCGAAUUGAGCUCUCCUUAUAUUGUUAGCUACAAGGGGUACGAUGUUACGAAAGAGAACGCUAAACACAUGUUUAAUCUUAUGAUGGAGUACAUGCCGAACGGUACACUUUCCGAUGAAAUUCGGAAACAGGAUGGUCGGAUGAACGAGCCAUUGAUUGGGUAUUACACGAAGCAAAUUGUACACGGACUAGAGUACCUACAUUCAAGGAACAUAGCACACUGUGACAUAAAGGAGCAGAACAUUUUGUUAGGAAAAACCGGUGCCAAAAUUGCCGAUUUUGGAUGUUCCAGGUGGAUUGAUCCGUCGGAGAGGGACGGUGGUAGGGCGGCUUCUUCCACCGAGCCAAUUGGAGGAACGCCGAUGUUCAUGGCACCAGAGGUGGCGCGUGGGGAAGAACAGGGAUGUCCUGCUGAUAUCUGGGGAUUGGGAUGUACAAUUAUUGAAAUGGCCACUGGUGGAUCAGUCUGGACAAAUGUGACAAACGCGGCGUCAUUACUUUACAGAAUUGCAUUUUCUGGGGAAUCCCCUGAAAUUCCUAAAUUCCUGUCCUUACAAGCAAGAGAUUUCUUAAGCAAAUGCUUGAGAAGAGAUCCAAAAGAAAGAUGGACAGCUAAACAACUCCUCAAGCAUCCAUUUCUUGAGGAAUCCAAUUUGAAUUCUAUGGCAAUUCAAGAUUUUGUCUCAAGCUCUCCAACAAGCAUUCUUGAUCAAGACAUUUGGAAUUCAGUGGAGGAAUCAGAAACCAUGGAUUAUACAAUAUUACAAACAGUUAGUCCUCUGCAAAGGGUAAGAGAGUUGGGUUCGAAUUCAGGAGAAUCGAAAUGGAGAUGGAAUGAUGAUCAGAGAUGGAUCACAGUUAGAAGCAACAGUGAAUAACUCAUGGAACAAUGAAAUCUUGCUGUAAAUUUUGUACUAUACAAUAGUGUACAGAUUAAAAAAAAAAAUUGUUCUCUCUUGCCAACUGUCAAGAAAUUUUAAUUUUGAUCCUUAAAACUUUUUAAAUACCAUUUUUAUCAUCUUGCUAGAGUUUGUAUUAGCACAAAGUUACUUGAAAUAAUG